CUGCAUGGGUGGGCGUGGCAGACCAUGGCCUUGUUGGCAGCCAGACGCCUUCUGGGGUCCCGCAGGACCCCUAUUCGGGGCGGUCUGCUGCUGCUGCUGCUGCUGCCGCUGCCGCUGCUGGGCCUCGGCUGGACACAACCUCCAAGGGCUGCAGAGACGGGACAGCCUCCGCUCCCGGACGCGGCGGGCCUGCGUGACCCCAACAGCCCAGCCCUAGGCCUCUCGAGCUUCUCCUGCGAGGAGGUGUCCCGCCUGAGCGCCGGGCGUGCCCUGGAGCUGGCUGUGACUGUGAGGCGGGAGCACAUCCCACUCCGGGAGCAUCAGCUGCGCUGUUUGGCUCACCGUCUCUCAGAGCACCUUGCCCCCCAGGACCUGGAUGCCCUCUCAGUGGACAUGCUGCCCUUCCUCAACCCUGCCUCGUUCCCGGGGCCUCAGGUCUGUAAGAGCUUGUUGUCUCGAGUCUCCAAGGCCAACAACUUCCGCCAGCUCCCACCCGGGGCUCCUGAGCGCCAGCGUCUGCUGCGCCUAGCUCUGGCCUGCCGGGGUGUGCGGGGCUCUUGGGUGAGCGAGGCCGACCUGCAGGCCCUGGGGAGCCUGGCUUGUGACCUGCCCGGGCGCUUUGUGGCCAAUGCAGCAGCCGUCCUUCUCCCCCGGCUGGCCAGCUGCCCAGGUCCCCUGGACCAAGACCAGCAGGAGGCAGCCAGGACGGCUCUGAAGGGCGGAGGACCCCCCUAUGGUCCUCCCUCGCAGUGGUCCCCCUCCACCCUGGACGCUCUGCAGGGCCUGGUGACUGUGUUGGACCUGCCCAUCAUUCACAGCAUCCCCCAGGAGGUCUUGGACUCCUGGCUACAGCGCAUCUCCGGGCACCCAUCGUGGCAGAGGUCUGAGCUGGCCCCCGUGGUCCAAAGGUUCCGGCGAGACACGGAGAAGGCCUGUCCCCCGGGGCAGAGGGCGUUGGCCGUGGACGAGAGCCUCUUCUGGUAUGAGGAGUGGGAGCUGGAGGCCUGCCUGGACGGCGCCGUGCUGGCGGAGCAGGUGGAGGAAGUGAACAAGAUCCCCUUCACCUACCAGCAGCUCAGCGCUUUGAAGCGCAAGCUGGACAAGACCUUUCCACAAGGGUACCCCGAGGCCCUGAUCCAGAGGCUCGGGCCCUUCUUCCGCCACAUCCUCCCGGAGGACAUCAGCAAGUGGAAUGUGACCUCCCUGGACACGGUCAAGGGCCUGCUCGAGGCCAGCAGCGGGCACAGCACAGAUGCGCAGGUGAGGCCGGCCCGGGGCGUUGGCGUCCCAGGCGGGGUGCGUCCCAGGCGGGCUUGCCUCUCCCUGCCCCGGGACUCCACGGUGGCGCCUCCACAGGUGACUGCCCUGAUCACCCGCUACCUGCUGGAAAGGGACGACUUGGACCAGGACACGCUGGACCUCCUGGCUGGUGUCCGCCCCACUUACCUGUGUGUCCUCAGCUCCACGCAGCUGGAGUCCCUGCCCCUCAGUGUCCUCUGGACAGUCACACCCAAGGAUCUGGACUCCUGUAGCCGGCAGCAGCUGGGCCUUCUCUAUCCCAAGGCCCUGCUGGCCUUCCAGAACGUGAGCGGGCCGGAGUACCUUGGGAAGAUCCAGGCCUUCCUAGGAGGGGCCUCCGCAGAGGACCUGCAGGCUCUCAGCCACCAGAACAUAAGCAUGGACAUGGCCACAUUCAAGAAGCUGCCGGUGGAGUCAGUGGUGCGGCUGACGGUGGAUGAGGUUCAGGCACUUCUUGGGGUGCACGUGGCAGAGCUGAAGGGGGAGGAGAACAGCAGCCCUGUGCGGGACUGGAUCUUCCGGCAGCGCCAGGAAGACCUGGACCAGCUGGAGCUGGGGCUCCAGGGCGGCGUCCCCAAUGGCUACAUGAUCCUGGACCUCAGCUUCCGAGAGGCCUUCUCCCGGGGAGCUCCACGUCUGAAACCUGGACUUGCGCUUGCCUGGAGCUCUGCUCUGCUCUUGGCCUUCGCUCUGGGCUGAGACCACCGCUUCCGACCGUCCAGCCCUGGCCCUCCGAGGAGCUCUGCCUGACCCGAAGGCAGCCCAUCCCCGAGGGCAUUUGAGCUCAAUAAACAGCAGUGUGUCACUGUG